ACCUGAUGGCUAAAAGAAAGGAAGAAAAUUUUUUCUCUCCUGAAAAUGCCAAAAGACCAAGACAAGAAGAGUUGGACGAUUUUGAUAAAGAUGAAUGUGACGAAGAUGAAUGUACAGUUUCUUUCACUAAUGGUACCUCUACUUUGACAGCAGCAGAAGUUGGAAUAAUUGAGAGUAUUCAGCUCAAAAACUUCAUGUGUCAUUCGAUGCUUGGACCCUUUAAGUUUGGUUCUAAUGUCAACUUUGUUGUUGGCAAUAAUGGAAGUGGCAAGAGUGCGGUGCUCACAGCUCUCAUAGUGGGUCUUGGUGGAAAAGCUGUCACUACUAAUCGAGGAUCUUCUUUAAAAGGUUUUGUGAAGGAUGGACAGAACUCAGCAGAUAUCUCAAUAACAUUAAGGAACAGAGGGGAUGAUGCCUACAGAGGAAAUGUGUACGGCGACACUAUUAUUGUGCAACAGCACAUCAGCAUGGAUGGAAGUCGAUCUUACAAACUGAAGAGUGCAACAGGUGCUGUGGUUUCUACUAAGAAAGAAGAACUGAUUGGAAUUCUUGAUCAUUUUAACAUUCAGGUAGAUAAUCCGGUUUCUGUUUUAACACAAGAGAUGAGCAAGCAGUUCUUGCAGUCUAAAAAUGAGGGAGACAAGUACAAAUUCUUUAUGAAAGCAACCCAACUUGAACAAAUGAAGGAAGACUAUUCAUACAUUAUGGAAACAAAAGAAAGAACAAAAGAGCAGAUAAAUCAAGGAGAAGAGCGACUUGGUGAACUAAAGCGCCAGUGUUUGGAGAAAGAAGAACGUUUUCAAAAUAUCGCUGGCUUAAGUACAAUGAAGACCAACCUGGAAUACCUGAAACAUGAGAUGGCUUGGGCAGUGGUCAAUGAAAUUGAAAAGCAAUUGAAUGCUAUCCGAGAUAACAUCAAAAUUGGAGAAGAUCGUGCUGCUAGACUUGAGAGGAAAACAGAGGAGCAGCAGGUCAGACUUAAUGAAGCAGAAAAAAAAUACAAAGACAUUCAAGAUAAACUAGAAAGGAUUAGUCAAGAGACACAUGCACGAGCGCCAGAAUGUAUGGCACUGAGAGCAGAUCUUACUUCUAAGAAAAGGGCGUAUAAUGAAGCUGAGGUUUUGUAUAAUCGUUCCCUAAAUGAGUAUAAAGCGUUAAAGAAAGAUGAUGAGCAGCUUUGCAGAAGAAUUGAAGAACUGAGAAAAAGUGCCGAUCAGUCUUUGGAACCUGAACGGUUGGAAAGGCAAAAAAAAAUAUCUUGGUUAAAAGAGAGAGUAAAGGCCUUACAAGAUCAAGAAAGUUCAGUCAAUCAAGAGAUCGAACAAUUUCAGCAAGCCAUAGAAAAAGACAAAGAAGAACAUACCAGGAUUAAGAGAGAAGAGUUAGAUGUGAAGACUGCACUGAACUUUAACCAGAGGCAACUGAAAGAAUUGAAAGAUAGUAAAACUGAUCGACUCAAAAGAUUUGGCCCUCAUGUUCCAGCUCUUCUUGAAGCCAUAGAUGAUGCCUACAGACGGGGGCACUUUAACUAUAAACCUGUAGGCCCAUUAGGAGCUUGCAUUCAUCUUCGGGACCCUGAGCUUGCUUUGGCUAUUGAAUCUUGCUUAAAAGGACUUCUUCAAGCCUAUUGUUGCCAUAACCAUGCUGAUGAAAGAGUGCUUCAGGCACUGAUGAAAAAGUUUUAUCCACCAGGGACCUCACGGCCACAGAUAAUAGUUUCUGAGUUUCGGAAUGAGAUGUAUGAUGUAAGACACAGAGCUGCAUAUCAUCCAGAGUACCCAACAGUUCUGACAGCGUUAGAAAUAGAUAAUGCAGUUGUUGCAAAUAGCCUGAUUGACAUGAGAAGCAUAGAGACAGUGCUGCUAAUCAAAAAUAAUUCUGUAGCUCGUGCAGUGAUGCAAUCCCAAAAGCCACCCAAGAAUUGUAGAGAAGCUUUUACUGCUGAUGGUGAUCAGGUUUUUGCAGGACGUUAUUAUUCAUCUGAAUAUACAAGACCUAAGUUUCUAAGCAGAGAUGUGGAUUCUGAAAUAAGUGACUUGGAGGAUGAAAUUGAAAAUAAGAAAGCCCAGAUAUUAAAUCUUCAGCAACAUCUGUCUGCCCUUGAAAAGGAUAUUAAAUGCAAUGAAGAACUUCUCAGAAGGUACCAACUGCAUUAUAAAGAGUUAAAGAUGAAAAUAAGGAAAAGUAUUUCUGAAAUUCGGGAACUUGAGAAUAUAGAAGAACACCAGUCUGUAGAUAUUGCAACCUUGGAAGAUGAAGCUCAAGAAAAUAAAGUCAAGAUGAAAAUGGUUGAGAAAAAUAUGGAACAACAAAAAGAAAAUAUGGAACAUCUUAAAAGCCUGAAAGUAGAAGCAGAAAACAAGUAUGAUGAAAUUAAACAGAAAAUUAAUCAGCUCUCAGAGCAAGCAGACCCACUUAAGGAUGAAUUAAACCUUGCUGAUUCUGAAGUGGAUAACCAAAAACGAGGAAAACGGCAUUAUGAAGACAAGCAGAAGGAACACUUGGAUACUUUAAAUAAAAAGAAACGAGAACUAGAUAUGAAAGAAAAAGAGCUAGAGGAGAAAAUGUCACAAGCAAGACAAAUCUGUCCAGAGCGGAUAGAAGUAAAAAAAUCUGCCUCAAUUCUAGACAAAGAAAUUAAUAGAUUAAGACAGAAGAUACAGGCAGAACAUGCUAGUUAUGGAGAUCGAGAGGAAAUAAUGAAGCAGUAUCAAGAGGCAAGAGAAAGCUAUCUUGAUUUGGAUAGCAAAGUAAAGACUUUAAAAAGGUUUAUUAAAUUACUGGAAGAAAUAAUGAUCCAUAGAUAUAAAACAUAUCAACAAUUUAGAAGGUGUUUGACUUUACGAUGUAAAUUGUACUUUGACAACUUAUUAUCUCAGCGGGCCUAUUGUGGAAAAAUGAAUUUUGACCACAAGAAUGAAACCCUUACUAUAUCAGUUCAGCCUGGAGAAGGAAACAAAGCUGCUUUCAAUGACAUGCGGGCCUUAUCUGGCGGUGAACGUUCUUUUUCCACGGUUUGCUUCAUUCUUUCUCUGUGGUCCAUCGCUGAAUCUCCUUUCAGAUGCCUGGAUGAGUUUGAUGUCUACAUGGAUAUGGUUAACCGGAGGAUUGCAAUGGACAUGAUACUCAAGAUGGCGGAUUCCCAGCGCUUCAGACAGUUUAUCCUGCUUACCCCUCAAAGCAUGAGUUCACUUCCAUCAAGUAAACUGAUUAGAAUUCUUCGAAUGUCUGAUCCUGAAAGAGGACAAACUACAUUGCCUUUCCGACCUAUAUCUCAAGAAGACGACGACGACCGGAGUUGAUUUGUGACUUAAUAUGCCAUGUCCUCAUGUUGAAAGACAUGUAAAGGGAAAAAACGUCCAGGACUAUUUAAAGUAAAAUGAAACAAGGUAUCCUAAAAUAAAAGAAACUCCUUUAUGUAUCUGACAUUAUGUAUUACAAAACAUGUAAAUAAGCCUAGAAGACCAGCCACAACCAGCAAUUUAAAAUUACAGUUAUUUUACUUUGAGAAAAUCCAAUUUCAUAGUACUGGUUUUAAAUCUUUUUGUGUUUUAUUUUAACCAUCUACUUUUAUAGAUUCUUUUUCAGAAGUUUCAAAUUUUGUACAUAUGUACAUAUACAUAUCUGUUAAGUUUGGGUUCAUUUCUAUAGUAUUUUGUAAGAAUUAAAAUAAACAUUUGAGCAUCUGGUUAUAUUUAGUUUUGCUUUUCCAGGAUAUUACAUUAUUCUCAUGGAAGGGGGUAGGGCUGUGGUCAGGGACCAGCGUCCAGUAGAUUUAUUGUCUGUUUUGUGCAUAUUAACGAGGAAAGACCUACAUAGGACCAUAGAAACCUUGGUGACACCCUCUGCAUAGGUCACUGUUAAUCCUGGAGCUGCGACUACAGAUCUGGACUAUAGUUUUAAUUACUGUGUUUCAUCACAUUUAAGAUGCUAUUAAGGCACUUUCUCGGAGCACUAAAGCACUGCCAACUCUGACACAGUGCCUUUCCCUCAGUCCUUGACCAUCAGCCAUCCAGCUAAAUGUCCAAUCUGUGUCAGAAGUGAAGUUGCUCAGUCGUGUCCAACUCUUUGCGACCCCAUGGACUGUAGCCUAUCAGGCUCCUCCGUCCAUGGGAUUUUCCAGGCAAGAGUGCUGGAGUGGAUUGCCAUUUCCUUCUCCAGGGGAUCUUCCCGACCCAGGAAUCAAACCCGGAUCUCCCGCGUUGCAGGCAGACGCUUUACCGUCUGAGCCACCAGGGAAGCCCCAAACCGGGUUACAACCCACUUGUGCACCCUGACCUCCAGUGUGCUUGCUUUCUUUAGAGUCCCUCGGUUUGCAGUCCAAAGCCUCUCGAGCUCUGGCUCAGCUGAGAGGACGCAGGUCAGAGGGACUCUGCAGACUAGGCUGAGAAGAAGGGCUGGGGAAACAGCCUCAGGCAGCUCCCCCUGGAGCAGAGAAGCGACCAAAGUCAAUGGCCAGGCUGCUGGGGGCGGGGUGGGGUAGAGCAGCUGUCAGUUGUGAGACACAUCCUGAUUUAGAGUUGUUAAGAAGUGUGCUGCUUAGAAUGAUAAAAUAACAGCCUGUUGUAAGCAAUUGUGUUUAUGAAUGCUUUUUUUUUUUUUAAGAAAACAUGAGUAGAACUCCUGUUUGUAUUCUCAUGUUUGAUACUAGGAUUAGUGCUAACCUUUUUAAAAAGAUGUGCAUAUCCAACAAGAAUUCCCUCUAUUGCUAGCAGUAAAUAUUUAUGAAGUUGAAGUAUUUUAAGAAGAAGGCAAUAUUUUAAAAGCAGCGACACUUCUGUAGUUACUGAGAAAAUUUGGAUUUUGUUUUGGGUGAGGGGAGGGAGUCGAAUUUUGUCCUAAGCAGAGAUCAGUUGGUAAAUGAGACGUUCAAAACUGUGCUUUUGUAAUCUAAGAAUUUGCAGAAGGAGGAAACAUGCUGAAUGUUUUAAACAUCCCCCCACUACCAAGACAAAGUCUGAUUUUUUUUUAAAGUUACAUUUAUAAUUCAUUUGUAUCAAAACUAUUUUAACAUACAUGUGCUUUUUCAAAUAAAAAAAAGUAGAAUAUACCAAAUGCAUAAACUUUUAUCAGCUACA